AUGCAAGUUCAGAAUUCAGACCAGAAUGUACUUCAGCAAUAUCGUGGUACUGGGCAUAACUGUCAAGGUUUACGUUGUGUAUGUCAACGAUAUGAAAAUGGUGAAGUGGCAGCUGCAAUCAUGAAUCAGAAUAGGAAUAAUCAAGAAAGAGAUGAUAGCUAUCAGAACAUAGGUCGUGGUUCACGGGGCUUCCAAAACCGACCUGGUGGCUCGGUUCAAUUGCAUUCAAAUCUCAAUCCAAAUUAUCAAAAUCCAGUGGAUUUAGUUCAUAAUUAUAAUCGCAAUCGACAACUACAGGAACCAGAAGAAAAUAUAUACGAAAGAUUAGAUAAUGAUGACGAUGAUGAUGAAAAUGCUGAAAACAAUAAUGAAGUUAUUCAUAAUGAGCCCACGGCUCAAAAUAAUCAAAAUAAUGCAGAUGAUCACACAUAUGAGAGAAUAGAUGAUCGAUAUUCUUGUGGUAGUAGAACGUAUCCUCGUUGUUAUAAAUAUCAUAUUUUAAAUCAUUAUAUCCCAAGUUUUUUUAAUGAUAUGGAAUCUAGAAAUCAAUAUGAUCAGCCAAGACAAUUUUAUCUAGAUUCUUCUCGAUUAUCUAAUCAAUUUUGUCAGAAUAGGUUAGGUAGGCUAGGUCGUAAUUGUUUUUCGACUGAAAAUAUUGCUUACGCGUCAACUGGACGUGCCAUUUAUUCACUUGGUUAUAACUGUAUGUGUUCAUUUUGUAGACAUAUAGAUACAAAAUAUUUAUGCCAUCAUUGCCAUAAUUUGCAUAAUAGAUUACGUUAUCAAGAUGGAUUUGCAAAUAAUUCUAGACAUUACAUAUAUCAAUUACCAAGGAAUUGUAGAUGCCCUUUUUGUCGUGGUGAAUAUUCUUAUGUGAAACUGCCUGUUACAUCUUGUCGACCUACUGAAUCCUUAAGAAUGGAAUGUCAUUGCAGAAAUCCUAGUAACUGUUCUUGCAGAGGAAAAGUUCUACCUAAUUCUAACUCUGCUGCACAAUUUAGUAAAUAUCUUGAUUGGAUUAGUAGAGGUAGUCCAUCAGUUAAUAAUCCAUUGUAUGCUACAGUUCAUAUAGGUAGACCUUGUGUUUCGGCUCUUGGAAGUACAACUGGAGGAAAUUCAUCUAAUAGUAUAGAUCCUGGCGCUUCGACGUCAAAUAUGUCAACAUCUAAUGCAUUAUCAAAUAAUGAACCUAGUACAUCAUCAAACAUUAGAUCCAUGUUCUCUUCGCAUAAUCCUUCUACUUCACAUCCUUCUGUUUGUUCUGUUAAUCGUUCAACAGAACGUCAACAUACAUGUGAUGAUUCCUGCAUUAGAAAUCAAAGUGGUAGCGUUACUGGCAUUUGUCAGUUUCUUGGUAGAUGUGAAAGAGCAGAAUGUAAUCAUGGUAGAUUGUCUGUGCAUUGGUGGUUUGUGAAUAGAUGGUUGCCAGCUUGGAAUCCUCAUUAUUUUGAUAGAAAUGUGGAUAGUGUUCCUCCAAUGGAAGAAGAGUCUCGAGAACAGCAAGAAAGUGAUAGUGAUGAUACUUAAUUUCAAAAUUUCUACUUUGUGUUAUUAAGAAACAAAAAUUUAGAUUUUGUUCAAAUUUUGAUAUAUAUAUAUAUAUAAAUUUGUCAUGACUUAAUCAUAAACAUUAUUAUUCUUAAAUUAUGAUUACCAAUAAUAUUGAAACGUAAUAUCUUCAUUAUAUGUCUCUGUUUAUGAAGAAAAGAAUGAUAAAAUUAUAUUUUGUGAUUAAAAAAUACGCCUUUCUCAAUCAAUAUUAAA